CUUCCACCAUUGUAAAGCUCAAGUCCGUCUCCAUGUCUAGCAAGAACAGGGCAAUUGGGGAGUCUGAAAGAAUGGAGUAUGGGUCCUUCAGUGGGAUCUAUACACCUUCACCAUUUCCUGCAGAAUCAAUUGCAUCCACAACGUUGAGUUCACAGCCAACUCUUCUUUGCCUCUCCAAUCUCGUCCUCCGCUUUUUGGCGCUGCUGGUUUGCUUCUUCGCCGCUCUUCCUCUUGCUUUGGUCACUUCCUCAGCAUGGCGAUGGCAGUGUUCCACCUUCCGCGGCUCGUCUACCUACUGGUACUCCCUGAUUAUUGCCAUAAUAAGCUCGAUCUACUCAACUUUGCAUCUGUUCAAAGGCAUAUGUGAUAUUGCUUUCAGAAGUCUACUAGUUUCUGAGAAGAUCUCUGACUACAUUACCUUCAUGCUGGAUCAGAUAGUAGCGUACCUCCUCAUGUCUUCAUCUUCGACACUGGUUGCGAAUGCCACUGUGAUGCAACACUGCAGCAAGCUGGUGGCCGCCUCGGCGUGGAUGUCCUUCUGUGCCUUCUUCACCAUCGCCAUGUCUGCCCUGCAAUCAGGCUAUAAGCUCUGCAAGAGAAUCAUCUGGGAGAGAGAGAGAGAGAGAGAGAGAGAGAGAGAGAGAGAGAGAGAGAGAGAGAUGGAGCAAGGAGGCAGUACGCCGGUGGGGACUCCGAGCCGAUAUGUGGCGGCAGCCUUCUCCUCCCCAUAUCCAUUGCCAUCACCUUCGCCGUUCGCACUGUCCAUCGUGUCCACGGCGGUGAGCACCAAGCCUCCCGUCCUUCACAUCUCCGACCUCAUCCUCCGCGCCUCGGCUCUCCUCCUCUCGCUGGUGGCAGUUCUGAUGCUUGUUCUCAUCGGUCCACGGACCAGCAAUGGCGGCAACAGAGGAAGCCACUGCCCCUCGUUCUGCCGCUCAUCUUCUUACUGGUACGCGGUCAUCGUUGCUUUCCUUUCCCUGCUCUACGCUGCUCUGCAACUGUUCAAAGGAAUAAUCCAGAUCGCUCUCAAAGGCUUCAUUCCUGAGAAAUUUUUGGACUAUUCAGGCUUCAUUAUCGAUCAGUUAAUGGCUUAUCUUCUUCUCUCUUCGUCGUCCAUCCUGCUGAAUGCAACGAUGGACGGAGCGACAGGUGGCUGCAAGAAGACGGUGAGAGCUUCGGUGGUCGCGUCCUCGCUCUGCUUCUUGGUUCUCGCCGCCUCUGCGCUGUUGUCUGGUUACAAGCUCGGCAAGCGGCUUAUAUGGUGAAAAGGCCAAAGAGCAAUGGAUUAUUUUAAAAAUGUAUCAUUUGAUCAAGCAAAGUUCCGUCUGUGUAGCCAUUGGUGCUGGAAGAUCUUUAUUCUUCGUGUACCUUCUCAGUUUUCACCAUUCAAUGAUUCUUGUGUGUAUAAACACACACACACA